CCUCACUGGGAGCUUUUCUCCGUUGACCUCCGACUGACGAUCGUGUGGGCCCCCGACUACUCGGAGGGUUCUUUGAGGGCAGCUUAUACUCUUGUUCACAUUCCCUCCGUCUUAAAAAAUUACGCCACUCCCUGAACCCUGCCUCGGCUCCGAGUCUGCACGCACUGACCUGCCCCCUCCCCCAGCCAGGCUUUUAGGCGUAACGAAGCGCUGUGUUGAUUGACGUACUCACGGAUUUUGCCGAGCGCCUACUGUGUGCCGGCCCCGCUGGGAUGCAAUGGCGAGGAGGUUCUUUCUCCUGAGCCUACGGUCUGAUGGGAGGAGAGGAGACAGACGUUUUCACAGAAUCAGAUGAGCAAAUGGAGAAUUAUAGCUGUGGCGUGAUAAGCUAGAGGUCAGAGAUAACUUUUUGGCAUGGGUUGGAAUUGGAGCCACUCCCCCGACCUGACUACAACCAGCAUCAUGUGGUUACUAACUGCUCUUCAUUCACUUCUUGAUGCCUCCCAGAAAAAAACGCCGCCCAAGUUGCCAGAAAGCCCAGCUGCUAUUCCACCAUCAGCCACUGGAGAGCCCCAAACACCGCUAUGGAUCUCCACAGCUUCCCAUCACCUACACUAGGCAGGUGCCCAGCAAGCCCAUUGACCACAACACCGUCACUUCCUGGGUAUCACCUCAGUUUGAUACAACAGCAGAAAACUCGUUCCCAGCCAACCGGAAACGUCGUCGCAGAGACCAGGCAAGACAUUCAAGUCGAAAAUCUACCACCUCCAAGUUUCCACAUCUAACAUUUGAGAGUCCACAGUCUUCUUCCAGUUCAGCCACACUUGGGAUCCCCUUAACCGGGGGAUACCCCAAUCAAUCAGAAAAGGACAUUUCCAGAAGGCCCUUCAUUCCAAUGCUCAGUCCCCAGAGCUGUGGGGAGCUGUCAUCACACGCACUUCAAAACUUGCCUUAUGUGUUCAUUCCACCUGAAAUCCGGACCCCAGAGUCAUCUUCUGUGAAGGAGGGGCCCAUUCCCCCAGAUCAGAGGGAAGACAGCCUUCCAAGCUGCUCCCUUCACACUAGUACUCCCAAGAGCCCAGAGCCUGGGCCUGUUCUGGUUAAAGACACUCCUGAGGAGAAGUAUGGGAUAAAGGUCACGUGGAGGAGACGAGGGCACCUGUUUACUUACCUCAAGGAGAGAGGGAAGCUGAGCAAAAGCCAGUUCCUUGUGAAAAAGUGACUGGGUUUCUCAGAUAACAGUAAUCUCAAGACAUUGAUUGCUGGUUUUCACAGAGUUGCUCAAGUCGCUUUUCUGGCUCACAAGAUAGCACAUCGAUAGAAUAAAGUGGAAAUAAUACCAAUAACAUCAAUAGAAAAAGAUAUUUUAACUAGACCCCUGGAGUCAUAGGGAAUUCAAUUCCCAGAUUUACUUUUUUAAAUAUCUUGUCAUAAACAGUUCUUAGUGUCAUAAACUGUUUACUUCAUAUUUUUCUUGUAUUAACUGUUUCAAAUUUUAACGUAUCUUGUAGUAACUGUUUAAAAUGUAUGUAAACAAAUGGUUGCAGGAACUUUUUAGAGAACCCUGCUUCUGACUGCCCCCUCCACAGAGGGUCUUUCCUAAUGGUUUCCUUUAGCCACUACUCGUUAAUCCUUUAGUCACCUCAUGCAAACCAAUUCAUUCCACAGUUUUGAGUACUGACUCUGCGUCAGGCUCAGUGGCAGCUUCCUCUAUGACCUGAUGGAUGGAAAAAAUCUAAGCAAAUUCUGUGACUUUUUAUAGUUGAGCUGCCGCCUCUGCAACCUUGGCUCCUCUGCUGAAAGGAGAAGAUUGAAGAAGGGGCAGCAAGCCCUGUUUAGUGAAUACAGUGGGAUCAGGGCAGGUAAAGGGGACAUGAGUAAGUUACUUAGGUUUGCUGUGUUUUGAUUUUUAUUUCCAACCGAAGAAAUCUCUAAAUAUUAAAUAGGGUGGGAAAAUGAUUUCUUGCAGUAACUGUUUGAAAUGUAUGUAAAUAAAUGUGGAAACUUUUCAGAGAACAGUGCUUCUUAUUGUAAUUAAUG